ACACAGUCACAAUUCACAAGAUGCAACAAGAUGAAUUGAGCUAGCUAGUGGGUAGCUAAGGUAUGAACCAAGAGUAAGAAACCCAGGAGAGCAUGGCAGAAGGCUGAUGGCACAGGAGAGGGUGACGUGAGCAACCAUUGCUCCAGGGAUAUGGGCCAUGUCCAGAUGGGAAAGGAAAGGAAAGGAAAGGAAGAAGAGAUAAGCAGGUAAAGGAAGCUAGACAGAGAGGGAUUCGGAGAAGAUAUCCACUAAUAAGUGGAGUGGAGAGACAAACCAAUGUUCUCUCUCUACCUCCUGAUUCCUCGCAGAGACCCUCCACAAGCCUCCAUUACCCAAAAGAAUUAUUCUCUCUCUUUCUCCCUAUGUUAGCGUGUGCGUGCCCUGGGUCCUCCCUAUAAAGCAAACUGCAAGCGGCGAUCGAGAGCCAAGAAACACUAGCCACCUAGUUUUCAUCCAAGAUUGGGGCCAUGGAGCAAGUGGACGAGGCGUCGGUGAUCGAGGAGAGCACGGAGCAGCAGCUCACGGCCAGCGGUGAGCAGAUAAAGAGAGAGAACGGAGUCGUGGCGUGGCUGGAGCUCACGCUCGGCGUGAAAGAAACGGCGACGGAGCCAAUGCCGGCGGCGACUGACUCCUCGUCCUCAGAAAGCGAGCCGGCGAAGCCUUCUUCUCCUCCAUCUGCUGCUGCUGCUGGCUCUGCGCUGCACAAGGUGUUCUCUUGCAACUUCUGCAUGAGGAAGUUUUUCAGCUCGCAGGCGUUGGGCGGUCACCAGAACGCGCACAAGCGGGAGCGCAGCGCGGCCAAGCGCUCGUCGGUGACGUCCUCCUACCACCACCACCUCCACGCGCAGAGGAUGGUCAUGGCCGGCCUGCCGCUCGAGGCGCACGCCGCGUUCAUGCGCGCCGCCCUGCGGGUCAACCCGGCGAGCUCCGUGAUCCACAAGGCCAGCCAAGAACCCUUCGCGGCGCGGGACGCCAUGGGCACGGCGCCCAGGUUCCACGACGGCGACAGUACCGCCACCCCGUGGGCGCCGCUCAUCUACGAGGAGGCGCUAAGCUCGACGUGGCCGGGGAGCUUCAGGAUGAGAACGCAGCCGGAGCCGCAGAGCUCGGAGCAGCAGCCAUCGGAGCGAAGUAAGAUAGACUUGAGCCUCAGGCUGUGAAAGAUCGUAGAUGCAUCAUGCAUGUAGAGCUAGCGACCUGUACUUUAAUUUUGAAUUAUUCUAACCAGUUUAUAAUUAAUUAUGAAGUGUUUAAUUA